CUUGCUAAGAAUCAUCUUACACGUAUGCUUCCAAAUCAGGCUUACAGCUCAGAACAAGGAGAUGGCAUGAGCUGAAGAUCUCCUUCUGUCCCCUGAAGGAGAAAUACCCAGGGGAUACCUAAAUUUCCAUGGGGAUUUAUAUAUUUUUUUUAUUAUGAUUUUCAUUAUUUUCAUGUUCUGACCCAUAUCCACUGGAUUUAGAGGCAUUUCUGGGAAGGCACAUCGUGAGCCCAUCAUAUUGUACUCAACAUGAGCGCGCUGACGGAGGAGGCAGUAGAGAAGUAUUUAGAUGCCAAUCCUGCUUUUGCCAAAACUUACUAUGACAAUAAAUUCAGAUCUGAAAUUUUAUUUGAGCUACUGAGCACUGAAAAGACCAAUGUGGACUUCAGCACCUAUCAUGAUCUAAGCAGUGUGGAGGAAAGCGAGAUAGUCUUUGACCUGAUUAGAGGUUUCCAGGAGAACCUCAAUGUUGAAAGAUGUGUCUUCAAUGUACUCAAGAGGCUCUCGUUCAUUAUUCAGGCGGACCGCAUGAGUUUGUUUAUGUUCCGUAUGAGAAACGGUACAGGCGAGUUAGCCUCCAGACUCUUCAAUGUACACAAGGAUGCCACCAUGGAGGAAUGCCUGGUAGUACCAGACUCGGAGAUUGUGUUUCCUUUGGAUGCUGGCGUGUUGGGAUUUGUGGCACAGUCUAAGAAAAUAAUCAAUGUUGAAAAUGUGUUUGAGGAUGCCCACUUCUGCAAUUUCGUAGAUAAUCUCACAGAAUAUGAUACAAAGAGCAUACUGGCAGCCCCUGUGAUGAACGGCAAAGAUGUAGUGGCUGUGAUAAUGGCUUGCAACAAAAAUAAUGGCACUACUUUCUCCAAAAGAGAUGAAGAGAUAUUCCUUAAGUACCUCAACUUUGCCAACCUGAUUCUCAAGGUGUAUCACCUAUCCUACCUUCACAACUGUGAGACUAGAAGAGGCCAGAUAUUGUUGUGGUCAGCCAACAAAGUAUUUGAAGAGCUAACAGACAUCGAGCGACAGUUUCACAAAGCCCUUUAUACGGUCCGCGCCUUCCUUAACUGUGAUAGAUACUCUGUGGGACUGCUCGAUAUGACAAAAACAAAGGAAUUUUUUGACCAGUGGCCAGUUCUAAUGGGUGAAGUGCCCCCAUAUUCUGGACCAAAAACUCCAGAUGGCAGGGAAAUAUCAUUUUAUAAAGUGAUUGACUAUAUUUUACAUGGAAAAGAAGAAAUUAAAGUAAUUCCGAAUCCACCAGAAGAUCACUGGGCCUUGAGUAGUAAACUGCCCACAUACGUUGCAGAAAAUGGUCUUAUUUGCAACCUUAUGAACACAGCUGCUGAUGAUUACUUUCAGUUUCAGAAAGGCCCAGUUGAUGAUUCUGGGUGGAUGAUCAAAAAUGUCCUUUCAAUGCCUAUCGUUAACAAAAAGGAAGAAAUAGUGGGUGUUGCAACUUUUUACAACAGAAAAGAUGGAAAGCCAUUUGAUGAAAUGGACGAAGUGUUAACUGAAUCUUUGACACAGUUCCUUGGCUGGUCUGUCCUAAAUACAGAUACAUAUGAUAAGAUGAACAAACUGGAGAAUAGGAAAGAUAUUUAUCAAGAUAUGGUCAACUAUCAUAUAAAGUGCAACAAUGACGAGCUACAAAUUGUCCUGAAAACGAAGGAAGUAUAUAACCGAUUGCCAGAAGAGUGUGAAGAGGAAGAAAUGUAUGAAAUAUUGCAAGAAGAACUACCAGAUCCAGAGGAGGCUGAGAUCUAUGAAUUUCACUUUAGUGACUUGCCACAGAGUGAGCUUUUCUUGGUGAAAUGCGCUAUACAGAUGUACUAUGAGUUAGAAGUAGUUGACAAAUUUCAUAUACCUCAGGAGGUCUUAGUGCGUUUUUUAUUCUCAGUAAGUAAAGGAUACAGAAAAAUUACUUAUCACAACUGGCGACAUGGCUUCAAUGUGGGACAAACCAUGUUCACCCUCCUAAUGACAGGAAAGUUAAAGCGUUAUUAUACGGACCUUGAAGCCAUGGCAAUGGUGACAGCUGCAUUCUGCCAUGAUAUUGACCACAGGGGUACAAAUAACCUGUACCAAAUGAAAUCCGGACACCCCUUAGCAAAGCUCCACGGGUCAUCUAUCCUAGAACGGCACCAUUUGGAGUUUAGCAAAACAUUGCUCAAAGAUGAGCAAGUAAACAUCUACCAGAACCUGAACAGGAGACAGUAUGAUCAUGCUAUUCGUAUGAUGGAUAUUGCAAUCAUUGCCACAGAUCUGGCUUUGUACUUCAAGAAGAGGGCUAUGUUCCAGAAGAUAGUGGACCAGUCUAAAACAUAUGAAAAUGAGAAAACAUGGACGGAGUAUCUGAUGUUGGAACAGACCCGCAAAGAAAUAGUCAUGGCAAUGAUGAUGACAGCCUGUGAUCUCUCAGCUAUUGCAAAGCCAUGGGAAAUACAAAGCAAGGUUGCAUUGUUGGUUGCAGCUGAAUUUUGGGAACAAGGUGACUUGGAAAGGACUGUUUUGCAGCAAAAUCCAAUUCCAAUGAUGGACAGGAACAAAGCUGAUGAGCUUCCAAAGCUGCAGUGUGGUUUCAUUGAUUUUGUCUGCACGUUUGUAUAUAAGGAGUUUUCAAGAUUUCAUCCAGAGAUCCAGCCAAUGUAUGAUAGGAUUUUGAACAAUAAAAAAGAAUGGAAAGCUUUGGCUGAUGAGUAUGAGGCAAAAAUGAAAGCUUUGGAAGAGGAAAAGCAAAAGAAAUUAGGCAUUCAGCCUGCAAAACCAGGUAUGGCCCCAGCCGCUACAGGAAAAGAAAAUGGCGGAAACGUCCCAGUAGCCGAACAAGCACCUCAGUCCAAAAGUUGUUCUAUCUUAUGAGAUUGUAAAUAUUUUCUUUUUUUUUGUUCACCUGUUUUUGGUAGGUUAUUGAUACAUUCAAAUAUCAUGCUAGACCUAGGUACUGUAAAGCAUACUUUGCAAUUUGUAUAAAAAAAAUGACAUUAAAUAUAACCCAUAUGUGAAAAUCAUAUUUUAUAGUUAAAUGUCACAUAUGUUUGCCUCAAAUACUGUGUAUUCUUGCUGACUGAAAUAAACGAUGAAGCUGCAAUCAGUGCAGUAGGCAGUAAAGAGAUACUCGUAUAUAUUACUUUUGACUGCUGUCAGCAUUGCCGGUGGAGCAGCAGCCAUAUUGGCUGCAUUAGGUAAACACCUAUCCAAUAUCUUUUUCUAGUUUUGUAUAGCCGAAGGAAGAGUUGGAACCUCUGUCAGGUUGAGGGGAUCCAAUCUAAUUUUUGUCCUAGUCACCAUUUUCAUGACUCCGAGGAAUAUCCGUUAAUUUAUUGCUUUCAACAUCACAGGUGUAAAGGGGGUAUUUCCCCAAUAGUGAUAUUUGUUCUGUGGAUGACUGCCAAGGAUGGAAUCUGCCCUAAUUGUUUCCUACAUCCUGCCAUAUCUCUAGAACAGGAUUUAAUGGGACAUGGACAGUCUUGAAAACCUGACAGAGAUUCUGACCCCUCCAUGCUCUAACACUCCACAGACUAAAAUAAAGUUUUGGUUGGUGUUCUGCUCUAAAAUUAGUUUUUACCAUUUACUAAGCAGGCAGACAAACCAAGCAAAAGUUAAAAACAGCAGUUUUUUUGUUAUAUUUUUUACUGGUAUUAAAAAAAAGUUAUUUAGAACAGAAUAGAUGUUAUUGGAGGUUUAUUGGAAGUCCUUUGGCAGAUGUUGCUCUUAGCCUCCCUUUUGUCAAACACUCCACUUCUCUUUUUACGCCAGGAGCAUAAGGUAGUAUAUGAGAUGCAUUUUGGGGCUUUACCCCAUCUUCAGCAUUGCUUGUAGGCAGACACCAAGGAGGGUGGAUAACUGGGUCUUUCUUCAGCUUGAAGCCUAGCAUCACCCACCUCAGCUAAUCCAUUUGCCUAGCUGUGUCUGAGAUAGAAUGUAUUUUGACCCUGUGGUUUCGUCAUGGGACUUAAAAAGAAAAAAAAAGCUAAGGAAGCAUAUAAGUGACAAAAAUGUUUAUUAUUAUUCUAUGCAAUAUAGGGAUAUUCUCCCCUUUGACCACAAAUGUAAGGAGCCUUCUCCCCAAUGACAGGCUGACUUUAAGUAUAUUUUUUAGAAGUAAAAUGAAGCAAGAACUCAUACAGAAUCCAUCCAAUUUGCAAUGAUUUCAGGUGAAUUGUUUUGUUUCAGUCAAAGAGAGAAGCCUCAAAUUUUAAACCAUAAAUAUUGUGGAUGAUUACAAUGCUGUGAUUGUAAUAUGCAUGCAGUUAUAAGUGUAUUCAGUAUGAACCUUUUGGAAAUUGUGUUAUUGUGUAUUCUCGUGAAUAAACGAUGAUAAGCCCUCUCCAUGUAAAUAAAAGUCUGAUCUAUCCACAAUCA